AUGAACCGAUUUCUGAUCUUCGCCAUCCUCGUCGCCGCCGCCGGCGCCUUCAACUACUACCGUGAGGAUGGAGAUCAAUUGGUUCGUUUUUUUUUAUAAUCUUCUAGAUUUUUAUUCGCUAUUUACUUCAAUAAAAAUUAUAUUGGAUAUUUUCCAGCUGAUCCGCGCCGCCCGUGACGCCGAUUCUUCAGAAUCCAACGAAAAAAUCGAAGCCGUGAGUUUUUUUGAAACAGAGAAAGUUUCUGAAAAGUAUAUUUUUCGCUUUUAUUAUUCCUAUUUUGCAUAACUUCAUUCUUAUAUGAGUCUCUUUGAAGCAUCUAUAAGCAAAAAAGGCAAAUUUUGUUCGAAUUUAAAGGCGCAUGGGACGGUUCUGAAAGAUGUUUCGGUGCGAAAAGAGCUUUUUAAAAAGCAAAUAGUUUAAAGAAUGAAGAAAAACCAUUAAAUUGGCUCAAUCCAAAGCCUGUUUUGGGAAAAUUCAGCCGAUUUACGGCUGGCUUGGGACUCUAGGGGGCGUGGCCUGUCUGCGCUCUCCACCAACCAGACACUAUCUCUUUCAUUGUCGUGUCAGGACCCAUUUCUCCAUGGCUCAAGCCAGCCGUGAAUCUGCUAUAGCAAGGCCAUUGAAAAAUGGGUCCUGACACGAUAAAAUAAGAGAGUGCUUGGCUCGUGGAGAGCGCAGACAGGCCAGCGUAAAUUGUCCAAGAAUAACCCAAGAUCCCUUCAGACGACGAUCGAAGCUUCUGGAGAGCUGACGCGAGUCGUACGAGAAGCUUCCGGAGACUCGAGCUCGUCGGAAGAGUCGGACGAGAAGUCGAAGACGACCAUCGUUGGCGGCAAGACGACGACCGUCGUUGAAGGAUCUGGCAUCAAUCUCGUCGAGGAGAAGACUGCCGUCGUCGCUGAGGUCGGUGGAUUUUCAAGGAGAAUAUUCAUCUCAAUUUUUGGUCACUAGAACUGCAGGUUUUACCAACCCUAGAGGGGUCACUUGCAAAAGAGGCCACAUUUUUUGAAUAAAUUGAAAGACCCCUAUAGGGACCGCUUGAGCUUUAGGGGCUAAAAAGUCAGACCCUAAACCCCUAUAGGGACCACCUUGAUUUUAGCACUCUAGGGACCACUUUUUCGGCCCCUAUAUGGGUCACUGAGACUUGCAGAAGUGGCCCCUGUGCUUUGAAUAAAAUUGAGAGACCCCUAUAGGGACCGCUAGAGCUUUAGGAGCUCAGAAGUCAGAUCCUAAACCCCAAUAGGGGCCACUUUUUCGGCCCCUCUAGGGAUCCCUCUAACUUUCCUAAGCCUCCAUUGAUUUUUCGGAACGAAGGGACCUUUCUAGGGUUAUCAGAGCUUUUUCCAAGCCUUUGCGCCUUUAAAAACCGGAUUUUUAAAAAAGACUGUACAUCCACCAACUACUUCUACUCCACUAUCAACUCGAUAGAAACGAUAAAACUGAUGCAUUUUUCAGAUCACCUCCGCGCCGGUUCGCUUCAUCCGAUCCGCCGAAAUCGAGGGUUCCGGAAUCGCCGUCAACUAA